UAGCGAUGAACAGUCAGCAAUGCAUGCAGUCUGCGGUUAGCAGCAGCCACAAGUGUACUACUACUCAAUUACCUGCUGCAUGUUUAUUGAAAAACAUCCUUCCGUUCAUAAAAUACGAAAUCUUUUUCACUGCAACCGACGUUACUAAUUUUUAUCCAAAUUUCUUCAUCUUUUCUCAUUGCACACCGGAUAUCUGGAUAUUUGUAAUCGAAGUUUCAAAUUUGCAACCUCUCUGAAGAUCAACUGCUAUUAUUAGAAGUGUGCCAUUGAAUCCGUUGUGUUUUAUUACAAAAUUGUAGGAUAAUUAUAUUAGAUCGCAUUCUGAGAAUCUCACAUUUACCGCUGGCAGACUUAGUUAUUUCGAAUAAAAUGGCUGAACAUGACUCAAAGGAUUUUACCUUGGAAAAUGGCGUUUACAAGGGGAAAGAGACGCAUAAAGUGAAUAAGUACAAAAGUGUCGGAGAAAUGUUAUGGGUUAACAUUAAACGUAAUGAGAAUUUAAUUGCACACGUGGAUGCAUGCACCGAAGAAACAAUAACAUACGCGGAGCUGCAAGAUAAAGUUGUGAAAUGUGCAUUGUGGCUGCAGAAACAAGGAGUCAAAUCGGACGACGUUAUCAGUAUAUGCACGCAUAAUCAUCUCAACUCCAUUGUGCCCUGUAUUUCUGCAGCUUAUAUCACUGCAAUCUCUAAUCCGUGGAGCGAGAACAUGGACUUAAAAACGGCUAUACACAUUUUGCAACUAACUACACCGAAGGUGAUCUUCUGUCGUGAGAAAUCUGUGGAUGUCGUCUCGAGGGCGCUAAAAGAGACGAAUUACAGUUCCACAAUGGUGGUUUUUGGCAAGCAUGCCGACGCAAUUUCGUUCUCCGAUAUUCUCAACAAUUGCAACGAUGCGGAAGUAGCGAAAUUCCGUUACGUCGAGCUCGACGACAUUAAGAAGACAGCGUGCAUCAUGCACUCGUCAGGCACUACGGGAAUGCCGAAAGGUGUCCAACUAGCUAACUACUCUAUAAUACGUCUCAGCCAGGAAAGCACUUUGGACAUGCAAGACACGUCAUCAAUUUGGUUUUCUUCUCUUUAUUGGCUGAGUGGGAUAAUGAUGAACUUCAAUGCGAUCGCAUCUGGUAGCAGAGUUAUCCUCUAUCCAGAAUUUGACGAGGAGAAAACUUGUCAACUGAUAGAGAAAUACAAAGUAGGAAUUAGUUUCCUUAGUACUAGCAUGAUCAAUCGGCUUCUUAAAGCGGGUUGUAUAAAGAAGUAUUCUUUAUCAUCUUUGAAAACCAUCAUGUUCGGCGGUUCAACACUUAAGGCAAAAGUACAGGAAGAAUUGAAACGUAGUUUACCGCACGUCAAGUUGUUACAAGCUUAUGGAAUGACGGAAAUCGGUGGUGCUAUAACAAUACAAAAAUCACAUCACAAGAACGGAUCUUGUGGAACAGUGGUUGAAAAUGUACAAAUAAAAAUAGUGGACCCAGAAAGUGGAAAAGUGCUUGGUCCGAAUCAAUCGGGUGAGAUACAGAUAAAAGCUUUAGGCAUGAUGACUGGUUAUUAUAGAAAUCCCGAGGCAACCAAAAGUACUGUUGAUGAGGAAGGAUGGUUACACACGGGUGAUAUCGGUUAUUUUGAUGAGGAUGGAGAAUUGUUCAUUGUCGACAGGAUAAAAGCACUCAUGAAAUAUAGAGGAUAUCAGAUUUCACCCGGAGAAAUUGAAGGUGUUUUAUUAACACAUCCAGCAGUAUUAGAAGCUGCAGUAAUAGGAAUACCUCACGACGUAGAUGAUGAACACCCUCUUGCUUAUGUCACCAAAAAGCCUGACGCCAAGGUGACGGAACAGGAAUUGAUAGAUUUUAUAGCAAAGAAUAUGAUGGAUCACUGUAAACUACGUGGAGGAGUCAUAUUUCUGGAUAGUUUUCCAUAUACAGGUUCAGGAAAAAUUUCACAAAAAGAUUUGAAAGAAAUGGCUAAGAAACUAAAGCACUUUAAUUAAUUACACGAUUAUAUUCUUUCACAAAGAUUUUAAAAUGUAUAAAUAUGUAUAAUCAUA